UGGACCCUAUCUGCCUUGGCAAACACGCACCAGCCCGGCCCCAGAGUUCACAUUUGGACUGGUCGCCAGAGGCUGCAGAUCUCGUCAGCUCAGGAGCACCGAGGGUCUCAGAAUGAUACUCGGGCUCCACCUCCUCCUCCUCUCUCUAGUCACAUCACUUGCAUCUGGGAAUAACAGGGAGCCAGCAGGUCUCCUGGAGAAUGGGGCAAAAUCCCCCUCGGCCGCAGGGAGGUGGGGGCAGCUGGACCCCACAAACCUGAGCAUGCCGCUCCUCCCCGCCGACUUCCACAAGGAAAACACAGUAACAAACGACCUGCUGGUGGAGGAGGAGGAGGAGGACGACUACCUGGAUCUGGAGAAGAUCUUCGGCGAUGAGGACGACUACAUCGACAUCAUUGAUGCUGUCUCCCCCACGGACCCAGAGGCCCCACCCGGAAACAUCCUGGAGCUGUUCCAAGGGAAGAGUCGAAUCCAGCGCCUCAACCUCCUCAACGCCAAGUUCGCCUUCAGCCUGUACAGGACCAUGAAGGAGGCCGCCGACCCCGCUGGCAACAUCCUCCUGGCGCCCGUGGGCAUCUCCACGGCCAUGGGCAUGAUCUCCCUGGGGCUGAGGGGGGGCACACACGAGCAGGUCCAUGCCGCCUUGUACUUCAAGGACUUUGUGAAUGCCAGCAGCAAAUAUGAGACUCAGACCGUGCACAACCUCUUCCGCAAGCUGACCCAUCGCCUCUUCAGGAGGAACUUUGGCUACACUCUGCGGUCAGUGAACGACCUUUACGUUCAGAGGCAAAUCCCCGUCCGGGAGGACUUCAAAAACAAGAUGAGGGAGUACUACUUUGCCGAGGCCCAGCCUGCUGAUUUCUCAGAGCCUGCCUUCAUCGCCAAAGCCAACGACCACAUUCUGAAGGUCACCAAGGGCCUAAUAAAGGACGCCCUGGUGAAUACAGAUCCCGUGACACAGAUGAUGAUUCUGAACUGUAUUUACUUUAAAGGUACCUGGGUGAACAAAUUCUCAGUGGAAAUGACACAUAACGCCAAUUUCCGCCUGAAUGAGAGAGAGGUGGUCAAGGUCCCCAUGAUGCAAACCAAAGGUAACUUCCCUGUGGCCAAUGACCAGGAGCUGGACUGCGAUGUGCUGCAGCUGCAGUACGUGGGGGAUAUCAGCAUGCUGAUCGUGGUGCCGCACAAGUUGGUGGGCAUGAGGGCGCUCGAGGCCCAGCUCAGCCCGCGGGCAGUGGAGAGAUGGCAGAAGAGCAUGACCAACAGAACCCGUGAGGUUCGCCUGCCAAGGUUCAAGCUGGAGAAGAACUACAACCUCGUGGACGCCCUGAAGUCGAUGGGCAUCACAGAGCUGUUUGAUCACAACGGGGAUUUCUCUGGCAUAUCCGACCAGAAACUCGUCAUUGACUUGUUCAAGCACCAAGGCACCAUCACGGUGAACGAGGAGGGCACCCAGGCUGCUGCCGUGACCACUGUGGGCUUCAUGCCCCUCUCCACGCAGGUUCGAUUCAUCGUCGAUCGCCCCUUUCUGUUCCUCAUCUAUGAGCACCGCACCAGCUGUCUGCUGUUCCUGGGUCGGGUUUCCAACCCCAGCAAGUCUUAG